CCUCCUCCUCCUCCUCCCAGGAAGGCGGGCCUCCCUUGCAAGCCUGCCCUGGCUGCUGGCUGCUCCUUGGGCGGCGUCUUGUUGGCCGCGGAGCCGCGAUGGGCGCGCUGUUGCUGGACGUGGCCAACUGGAGCACCUUCCUGGCCUGCCUGGUGCUCAAGGUGCCCCAGGGCCUGGCCCUCCUCGCCGCCAAGUCCGCCCGGGGAGUCAGCCUCGAGAGCCUCCUCCUCGAGCUGGCCGGCUUCCUUGUAUGCCUGCGGUACAUGAGCUACUACAGCCAUCCCCUGCCAACGUAUGUGGAGUAUCCCAUCAUCAUUGUGCAAGAUAUCAUUCUUUUGCUCUUUGUUCUGCAUUACAAUGGCAAACUGAAGCAUGCUUUGCCUUACACAGCCAUAUUUGCAUCAGGGUGGUACAUGCUAACUCUGCAGAAAUGGAUAUUGGAUCUGGUUAUGAACCUGAGCACUCUGAUCAGUGCAGCAAGUAAACUGGUGCAACUACGAUGUCUCUGGCAGACUAAGGAUUCUGGGCAAGUGAGUGCCACCACUUGGGGCUUGGCCAUCUACACCUGUGCAACAAGAAUAUAUACAACUUUGGUGACAACAAACGAUGCCACAGUUCUUAUCCGUUUCAUAGUCAUGUUGGCUCUGAAUGUGUGGGUCUUGGCCACUGUGCUGUACUACCGGAAGGCAGCUAAGAAGACGGACUAAGAUCACACUCUUCCGCCUCUUUCAACUAGUGUGGACCAAAAAUAAUGGAGUCUAAGAUUCGAGCCAAAAUAUCAUCAUUCUUCAGAACACCGACACUUCGUGCAGUAAGAAGCUUCUGAUAUUUUUGGAAAUAAAGAUGUCAGCAUGAAUAUAGUAGCAGAGUUUCAAAUUUUGAUGGGAUACAUACCCAGCAAGACUUGCAUUGUGAGAAACCUUAAUUAAUUGAUAAUAUUUUCAGACUGAACUGUUUAAGAAUGUAUGUGUGCUUGUAACUCUACUGAGAUAUGUCUGGUCAGCAUUUCAAGACCAGCAUCUCCGGAUUUUUCCAUGAAACAAUUCAUUCUGAAGUUGUCAGUAUAUUUCUGAAGAUUCAUUUGUCGUAUUCAGAGCUAUUAUGUUGUACCAUGAAAGGAUGAGUGAUGCAUCAACUUAGUGGAUGAUGGUGUUACAUCUUCUUUAAUAGAUGUUUUCAAUUAUUUUCCACUUUAUCUUAUCUGGGAAAUAUAUACAAUUGUAAAUGAACUCAUAAUCUAAUCUUAUACUGUGUAUAAGCAGUAAGCACUCCUGGACUGGCGUCAUAAUAGAGGUGGUGUGAGAAUCCCUAUACUUCAUUCAUAAGCCUGCAUUUUGAUUCUACAUCUGCCAUGUUGUAAACUCUGUAUAGAUUCUCAACUGCAAAUUUUGACCACACGGAGUCUUACUAGAGGGCUACUUCAGUAUGUAUAUCAGUACGUUUUUCAGCUGUUUUUUAAUUAACUUUUGUGCAAGCCAUGGAAAGUAGAGGUUGUUUACAUGUAACUGUGUUUCUCCAAGUGGUCACCUGUGAAAUACCCAUAUGGUAUUUCCUGCGCAUGUGCAGACAGCUUCAGAAUUUUCUAGAAAUCUUUCAGACACUUUUAGGCAGUAGCCCCGCCUACUCUCCCCAUAGUGUAUAUAUAGCCAGUGGGAGGGGUUACUGCCGCAGCUCCUCCAUCAUGAGAGCAGCUAGGACUGAGGCAUGAUGAACAGCAGGGAGGAUGUACGAAUUCACAGGUGACUAGAAACAUGGCUAUAAGUAAGCAACCUCUACUUCUCAAUCGUGGUCAACUGUGAAAUUGCACAUAUGGUACACUAGCUGGCUACUAACCUUGGCUGGUGGGCGUCAUGCCACCACAGAAAAGAGGACUGCCUUUCCAAAUGCAGUGUCUCUCUUGGAGGAAGCAUCCAGCUUAUGAGAGACAAAAGUGAGCAGCGUGAUCCAAGCUGCUGCACGGCAAACAGCAUCCAAUGAAAUGCCACUCAGGGCUACUGUCUAAAAGUGUCUAAAAGAUUUCUAGAAGAUUCCAAAGCUGUCUGUGCAUGCGCAGGAAAUACCAUAUGCGCGAUUUCACAGUUGACCAUGAUGUAGAAUGGUUAUGGAUUUCCUGCCAUGCAAAUAAAAGGUUUUUCUAUAUUAAAUACAA